CAUUUUUUUUUUUUAGUUAAGUGUUCAUGAGCAACCGGAACAGCCACAGUGACCCCUGAAGCUAAUGCAAAGCGAAUCCGAAUGUUUCAACUCCAAACUCCCCAAAUUCUCCAACCGAUUUCCCUUCCAACAAUUCUGUUCCACUGCUAUCCCUCCACCCGCUCUUCCCAUUAUCAUCGCCCGACCUCCGUCGCAUUCCACUGCUCCACAAACGCUACCGCCACUACAACCCUCAGCGUGACCAAUAACAACCACUUAAUUCAAUCACUCUGCAAGAAGGGUCAACUCAAACAAGCGCUCAAUCUCCUUUCCCACGAGCCCAACCCAACCCAGCACACUUACGAGCUUCUUAUCCUUGCUUGCACCCAUCAGAACUCUCUGUCUGAUGCAUUUAUCGUUCAACGGGACUUAAUUGAAAAUGGGUUUGAUCAGGACCCUUUUCUGGCCACGAAGUUGAUUAAUAUGUUUUCAGAAUUGGACUCAGUUGAGCAUGCUCGCCAGGUGUUUGAUAAAAUUAAUCACAGAACUAUUUAUAUUUGGAAUGCAUUUUUUCGUGCGUUAUCUUUAUCGGGUCGUGGAGAAGAGGUUUUGAGUUUGUACAGGGAAAUGAAUCGGAUUGGAGUCCCUUCGGACAGGUUUACUUAUACUUACGCACUUAAGUCUUGUGUGGUUUCAGAGUCGCAGCUUUCUUUACUCUGGAGGGGGAAAGAAAUUCAUGCGCACAUUUUGCGACAUGGAUACGAGAAACAUGUGCACAUUAUGACUACUUUAGUGGACAUGUAUGCAAAAUUUGGAUGUGUUGAAAAUGCUAGUUGCGUGUUCUGUGCAAUGCCAGUCAAAAAUGUGGUUUCUUGGAGUGCUAUGAUAGCAUGUUAUGCGAAGAAUGGGAGGCCACUUGAGGCAUUGGAGGUUUUUAGGGAGAUGAUGCUUGAGAGUGAGGAUAUGCUGCCUAAUUCAGUUACCAUGGUCAGUGUGCUUCAAGCUUGUGCGGCUAUAGCUGCAUUGGAGCAAGGGAAGUUGAUACACGGCUACAUACUUAGGAAAGGUCUUGAUUCGAUUCUACCUGUUAUUAGUGCCCUCAUGACUAUGUACGCUAGGUGUGGUGAUCUUGAGUUGGGGAAACGUGUUUUCUUUCUAAUGGAUAAAAGGGAUGUCAUUUCUUGGAAUUCUAUGAUAUCCAGUUACGCAAUACACGGCUUAGGAGAAAAGGCUAUUGAAGUUUUUCGAGAGAUGGUGAGGUGUGGUGUGUCACCGAGUCCUAUAUCAUUUGUUAGUGUUUUGGGAGCUUGUAGUCAUUCGGGGCUUGUUGAGGAAGGGAAAUAUUUAUUUCAUUCUAUGGUGAAAGAACAUGGUGUUUAUCCUAGAGUGGAGCACUAUGCUUGUAUGGUUGAUCUUCUUGGGAGAGCUAAUCUGUUAGAGGAAGCGGCCAAUAUCAUAGAAGAUAUGCAGAUUGAACCCGGACCUAAAGUAUGGGGUUCUCUUCUUGGAUCCUGUAGGAUUCAUUGCAACGUUGAGCUUGCGGAGAAGGCUAGCAAACAUCUUUUUGAGCUUGAACCUACAAAUGCUGGAAAUUAUGUACUUCUAGGUGACAUUUAUGCACAAGCUAAAAUGUGGGAGGAGGUAAAAAGAGUGAAGAAGCUGUUAGAAGCUAAGGGAUUGCAAAAGGUCUCUGGUUGUAGCUGGAUUGAAGUAAAAAAGAAAAUUUAUGCGCUUAAGUCCAUGGAUGAGUUAAAUCCACAAAUUGAGCAGAUCCAUGCUUUCCUGCUAAAACUGUCUACAGAGAUGAAGGAAGAGGGUUAUGUGCCAGAGACCAAUGUAGUGCUAUAUGAUCUCAAUAAUGAGGAGAAAGAACGAAUAGUAUUGGGCCAUAGUGAAAAGCUAGCAGUUGCAUUCGGGCUAAUAAAUUGCAGUAAAGGGGAAACCAUCAGAAUAACUAAGAAUCUGAGAUUAUGUGAAGACUGUCAUUCUUUCACGAAAUUCAUUUCAAAGUUUGCAAAUAGAGAUAUUUUGGUUCGAGAUAUUAAUCGCUUUCACCAUUUCAGAGACGGGGAAUGCUCUUGUGGGGAUUACUGGUAACUUGUGCAGAAUUUCAAUCUAGGUUCGAUCUAGUCUUUGCUUAUCAUAAAGGUGUCAUCUAAGGGAUUCUCCAAGAGCUGUUAAGCACUUCAUGCAUGUACAGGUUAGGUAAUAUAUUCAGUCAUUUCACAUAUACGACCUCCGAAAGUGUUUAUGCAUUGAGGUUUUUACUUGUGAAAUUUUAGAGACGGGCAUGCCCUUGAUCUAGUAAUACGAAUGUUUACAGAAAAUACUAAUUAAAGAGCGCUAAAUAUAUAUUUACAACUUAGUUCAGCUGCAUACAAUGAAUUGAACUGAUAGAAAUUUCUCUU